UUGCACUAGUUUAUUCUUUAAUAUUAGCACAAUGUGCAUCAACAGAAUUUUUUGGCUACCUUUUUUAACUAUUUAUUUUUUUUACUCUAUUAAUGCACAAACGUCUGUCAUUCUAUUGGUUGUAAUUGAAAAUAGCGAAAGGGAAGUUCUGAAUGUGUUGACAGAAUCACUUUCGGUAGCUGAAAAAGCUGCUGGAGGAAAUGAUGUGAUCAAAGUAGAUCUUAAGCAAGUGGAACUUGACCGAGACAAUGUAAAUGAAACUUUAAGUGAAGUUUGUUCAAUUCUUGCUAAUGGUGUGACUGUAACUCUUGAUAUGACAUACACUGGAUGGGACAAGCUUCGCGAAUAUACUUUAAAUAAUUCCAUAAAUUAUAUAAAACUUGGUGCUGGUAUAAUACCGUAUAUUCAAGUUACCGGUGAUUUUUUAGUAAAAAAAAAUGCGACUGAUGUGGCUUUGAUAUUUGAGUCUGAAAGAGAACUCAAUGCAGCUUUAUAUUACCUCAUUGGGAUUCCAACAUUCAGAUUAGUUGUGAUUGAUGAUUUAUCUCCAGAAUCCAUUGGUAAAAUACGUGCCAUGAGACCUUCGCCAUCGUAUUAUGCAUUAUAUGCGUCAACUGAAAGCAUGGAGAGACUUUUCAAAAUUGCAGUGCAAGGAGGCAUAGUUACAAGGAAUGGUAUUUGGAAUUUAGUAUUCACAGAUAUGAAUUACAACAAAUUUUCGUAUAUAAAAGACCCUAGUUCAUUAAAUGUUAGUAUAAAUGUAAUAACAAUGAACCAAAGAGUUUGCUGUAAGUUAUUGGGGCUCACAACUACUUGUGACUGUCCUUCAGAUUUUCAGGUUCAUCACACAUACCUUGAACAGUUUAUGAUAUUGUUGGUAAAAGUUUUAAAAAAAAUGGAUACUGAAAAUGAUGGCGUAAAAUUAGAGCCAAAAACAAGCCAAUGUAUUAGCGUUUCUAAUAAUGCAGAUGAUGAUCCAAUAAUAAAAAGCUUCAAAAAUACCAUUAAUGCAACUGCUGCAAUGGAACCAAAUAUAUUAAAAUAUGUACCAUCAACGAAUUUGAUGUCUUAUCAAGCUCAUUUUGAUGUUGAACUUAUGGAAAAAAGUGGAUUAGAAAAAUUAGCAAAUUGGACAACUUCCAGUGAUCUUGCAAUUGCUCCAGGAAAAAUAAUCACACCAGAAAGACGCUUUUUCCGCGUAGGAACAGCUUACGCAUUACCAUGGUCAACUAUAAAAAAAGACCCAGUAACUGGUGAACUUAUGAAAGAUGAUCAAGGCAAAUACAUUUGGGAAGGAUAUUGCAUUGAUUUUAUUAAAAAACUUGCUGAGUCAAUGAAAUUUGAUUAUGAACUCGUGAUUCCUGAAGACAAUAGUUUUGGUUCAAAAACACCUGAUGGAAAAUGGAACGGACUCGUUGGAGAUUUGGUCCGAGGACAAACCGAUAUUGUCAUUGCAUCGCUGACUAUGACCUCAGAACGUGAAGAAGUUAUCGACUUUGUGGCACCUUAUUAUGAACAAUCCGGUAUAAUAAUAGUAAUGAGAAAACCGGUGAGAAAGACAUCACUUUUCAAAUUUAUGACGGUUCUAAAACUUGAAGUCUGGCUUAGCAUUGUUGGUGCUUUGACCUUGACAGCAAUAAUGAUUUGGAUUCUAGAUAAAUAUUCACCAUACAGCUCGAGAAAUAACAAACGAAGUUAUCCUUAUCCUUGCAGGGAAUUCACAUUGAAAGAAAGUUUUUGGUUUGCAUUAACUUCUUUUACUCCUCAAGGUGGUGGAGAAGCUCCAAAAGCUCUGUCAAGUCGAACAUUAGUAGCAGCUUAUUGGCUUUUUGUUGUUUUGAUGCUUGCUACGUUCACAGCUAAUUUAGCAGCUUUUCUAACGGUUGAAAGGAUGCAGGCUCAAGUUCAGUCACUUGAACAAUUGGCUAGACAAUCAAAAAUAAAUUAUACUGUUGUUGCUAAUUCUAGCACUUAUCAGUAUUUUCUAAAUAUGAGAAACGCUGAAGAUAAAUUAUACAAAGUAUGGAAAGAAAUAACACUAAAUAGUACAAGUGAUCAAGUGGAAUAUAGAGUAUGGGAUUAUCCAAUUAAAGAACAGUAUGGUCAUAUUUUACAAACAAUUAAUAGCGUUGGUCCAGUAAAUAGUACAGCUGAAGGCUUUAGAAAGGUACUCGAAAGCGAAAAUGCAGAAUUUGCAUUUAUCCAUGAUUCAGCUGAAAUAAAAUAUGAAGUUACGAGAGAUUGUAAUCUUACUGAAAUAGGCGAAGUGUUCGCUGAACAACCUUAUGCUGUUGCUGUUCAACAAGGCAGUCAUUUACAAGAAGAAAUAAGCCGAACGAUUUUAGAUCUUCAAAAAAACCGAUUUUUUGAAACACUUUCGGGAAAAUAUUGGAAUUCGUCACUGAAAGGGAAAUGUUCAGCUGUUGAUGAAAGUGAAGGAAUAACUUUAGAAAGUUUAGGCGGUGUAUUUAUUGCAACAUUAUUCGGAUUGGUGAUAGCAAUGUUGACUUUAGCUGGGGAAGUUUUAUAUCACCGCCGAAAAGAUGCAGUUCAAGAUAUAAAAGGACAAAAUUCGGGUCAUUCAGAAACUCGAAGUAAUUCUAAGAAAUUUGAAGCAAUGCUCUCCAAAGAGAAAUUACGCCAAUUGAAACCUGCACCAACUGUAGCUUUUAUUGGACGUCAGCGGUCAUUGAAACCUCGCAUCUCUCAUAUCCCAGUGUAUCCACAAGGAUUACCUUUCAAGGAUUAAACAUAUUUUGAUUAGUUGGACAGU